AUGGAUGUCACUCCAGGACCCGAACCUCAAGACGCUUCUCUCCUCGGGACCACCACUGUAGUCAGCUGGCCCGCCCCGGCCCCGUCUGUUGCUGUUGCUGGCUGGCCCGGCCCUGCCCCGUCUGUUGCUGUUGCUGACUGGCCAGCCUCACAUGGUGGUGCGUCUGCUGCUGCGGCUAAUCUGACAGGUGUUUUUGAGAGUUUAAAAAAGCCAUCCUCGCAGGGUGGUGCGUCUGCUGCUGUGGCUGACCUGACAGCCCCGCACGCACACCUGAAAGGCUCUGGCACUAUCCCUCCGGCCAUGCACGCUCCACGCUUCCACGCUCCUUCCCCUCCUCUCACCCCUGCUGCGCCGCCUCCCUCUGCUACCAACACUGCGUCCCCGUCCGUGCAUGCAUCUUCCUUCUCCGAUCCCACAGCCAUUCUCCACUCCUCCUCGCUCUCUCCUCCCGUUCCCGUCAUGGUCCAUGCUGCCAGUGUAGCAUCCUUGGUAGACCCUACCUUGCCUGCCCUUGAGCAACAGCAUCUCUGGCAGCGUUCCCUGCUGCUUGCACAAGGGCUGGAUCCGGGUGGCGGAAGCAGCAGCGGGGGCGCUAGGGAUGCUCGGCUGUUGCAGGCUACUGUGGGGUCUUACGAACAGAAGCAACCACAGGAAGAGACAGCAGCAUCGGCAUCGGCAGCGGCUUUUUCGGCAGCGCUUGUGCGAACCACCAGGGGAUUUUCGUCGUUGAAUACGCACGUGCCUGAAGGUCCGGAGACACUGCGUGCUGCAGGUCCGGCAGCAGGCUCAACGACGUCCACAGCAGGGUUGGCAGGGGAGUUGAUCGUGAAGACGUUGGGUGGUGACGUGGCACGAGCCGAGGCGCAGGAGUACGGACGGAUGGAUAUCGUGGCAGAUUGUGAUUCGGCGCUCUUUGGCGAGAGCGACGCGGGAGGCGAGGAACCUGAGAAUGAAUCGCGACAGACGGUGUGGAUGAGCCACGGCGACGAGGCGACGAAGCUUCCUGAGGGGUUCAGAGUGGUGGCGCGCAGCGAUCAGGGCACGGUGGUGGCGAUUGAGUGCACUACACGCAAGAUAUUCGGUCUGCAAUACCAUCCCGAGGUGACCCACACCCCCAGGGGCAUGGAGACCCUUCGCCGCGUGGUCUUUGACAUCGGGGGCGCGCACGCUGACUGGCAGAUGCAGGAGGUUCUGGAUGAGGCGAUCUCGGCCGUCCAAGCGGCAGUGGGGCCGGUGAAACACGCGGUGUGCGCGCUGUCGGGCGGCGUUGACUCGACUGUAGCGGCCACGCUGGUUCACCGCGCGAUUGGAGACCGUCUGCACUGUAUCUUUGUGGAUAAUGGGCUGCUGCGCUUCCAGGAGCAGCAGCGGGUGAUGGCGAUGUUUGAGGCGGACCUGCACCUGCCAGUCACCUGUGUGGACGCGUCUGACCGCUUCCUCUCCAAGCUCAGGGGCGUCACGGAUCCCGAGAGGAAGAGGCGCAUCAUCGGGGCGGAGUUCAUUGGCGUUUUUGAUGAUUUCGCGAGUGAACUGGAGGGGAAAUUGGGGCACCGACCCGAGUGCUUGGUGCAAGGUACACUGUAUCCGGACGUGAUUGAGUCGUGCCCGCCGCCCGGCAGCGGGAAGAAGCAUUCGCACACCAUCAAGAGCCACCACAACGUGGGUGGUUUACCUGAGAAUAUGCGCUUUACCCUCGUGGAGCCUCUGAAGUGGCUGUUCAAGGACGAGGUGCGCAAGAUCGGAGCUCUGCUCAACGUGCCCUCCUCCUUCCUCUCCCGCCACCCCUUCCCCGGACCUGGCCUUGCGGUUCGGGUGCUGGGGGAUGUGUGUGCAGACGGGGCGCUGGACACCAUUCGCCAGGAUUGCAAACAGAUAGCAUCACAGCACCUCUGCUUGUGUUUGACGGAGGGACCUGGCCUUGCGGUCCGGGUGCUGGGGGAUGUGUGUGCAGAUGGGGCACUGGACACCAUUCGCCAGGUGGAUGAGGUAUUCAUCAACGCAAUCAAGGAGGCCGGCCUGUACGACCAGAUCUGGCAGGCAGUCAGCAUUCCCCCCUCAUUCCUCCUCCUUAUCCCUGCCCCUCUCGUGGAUGAGAUUUUCAUCAACUCCAUCAAGGAGGCCGGCCUCUACGAUCAGAUCUGGCAGGCGUUCAACAUUCCCUCUUACGCCUUCCCUCUCCCUCUCUACCGCUCUCAACCGUGCCGUCCUCAUCAGGUGGAUGAGAUUUUCAUCAAUGCAAUCAAGGAGGCAGGCCUGUACGAUCAGAUCUGGCAGGCGUUUGCCGUCUUCUUGCCGGUGCGGUCGGUGGGAGUGCAGGGGGACAGGCGCACGCACUCCCAUGUGGUGGCUCUCAGGGCGAUUACAAGCCAAGACGGCAUGACAGCAGACUGGUGA